UCUGUCUCUCCCCUCCCCUCCCCUCCCUAGUGCUCCUCCUGCUCUCGGGCUGGCUCGGUUGUCUUGUGUGGAGACUGUUCCGAGCUGAGGUGCGGGGCUCCUGCGGGGGGGCUCUAACGCCGUCACCAUGGGCAGUGUCUCGGGCGGAAUGAGGUGCAUGAAGUAUCUGUUGUUCACAUUCAACCUCUUCUUCUGGCUGUCUGGAACUGCAGUCCUUUCGCUUGGCUUGUGGCUUCGCUUUGACUCUGAGACCACCACCAUAUUCAGUGGCGACCAUUGCCCCACGUCUUUCUACGUUGGAGUCUACACAUUGAUUGCCACUGGGGCUCUGAUGAUGCUGGUGGGGUUUCUUGGAUGUUGUGGAGUGGUGCACGAAUCUCAGUGUUUACUUGGAGCUUUCUUCAUGUGUCUGCUGGUGAUUUUUGUGGCUGAGAUCACAGCUGGAGUCUGGGGUUUCCUGAACAAGCAUGAGAUUCUGCAAGAGAUGAGUGGCUAUUACAGCAAAUCCCUGCAAGCUUAUAAAAUGACUGGAGCGGGUAACAGGACAUUACGUGCCAUCCAUAGUGUGUUGCAGUGCUGUGGAGACUCAUUACCGGAUCCUGUUGUGCAGUAUCUCUGUCCGACAUUGCAAGUAUCUGCAAACUGCACUUCGAAAUUAAAGGAAUUUUUCAACUCAAAGCUAUACAUGAUUGGAGUGGUGGGAAUUGGGAUCGCAGGAAUAAUGAUAUUUGGGAUGAUCUUUAGUAUGGUUCUGUGCUGUGCGAUUCGGAAUUCACGGGAUGGCAUGUGACAUUGGAACGAUCACAGAGACUCGUCCAACAGUAUUUGCACCUUUUUAAUUGGAAAGCGAUCCAAUGCCUAGUUGCUUGUUGGUUAAUUUAAGUAGAUACCAAAUAUUUUUCUGUAUCGUGGACAGGUUCUCAUUCUUGUAAUGCUUCAAUUAUUUUA